UGUCUUACUUAAACUAAAGUGCGCUGUAAUCUCUCAUCAUAAUCAUCAUCAUCAUCGUCAUCAGAGUCAGCAGCAGCGUCUCCGCUUUUCAUCACUGGACUGAGGCCCAGUUGUGGGCCUUUUCCGUUGCCUGCCUAGUGCUGCACUUCUAUAGCUUUAACGAUCGCGACAUUAUGACCUCGUUCAUGGCGACGGGUACAUUCACUGGGUAUAUUAUCGUCGUCAUAGGUGUGUUCGCAGGCGUACUGAUGCGUGCACCCAUUCACAAACGCAUCGACAUCUUCUUCAGCGUUCUGGGCUGCGCCCUGUUUGUGGCUAGCGGGAUCUUCAUAAUCGAGGCCUGGGAGUUCUCGUUUCGUACACGCACCCGGGAUCUGGCGCUGAUCAAGGCAUCACUGUCCAUUGUGAAUGGUGUGCUGUUUGGCUUCGAUGCGAUCUUUACAUUUCGGGAUAAAUAAUAGCUAUCAUGAUCAACAGACCCCCACCCACCCACAUUUGACGCUGCAUUUACAAUCGUAUUAUACUUAAGAGACAGAUACUUUCUGCAUGCAUACAUGCAUACAUACAUACAUACAUACAUACA